CUCCGCGAACUAUGUUGUCAUCUGUCACAUUUGGCCUUCAAUUCGCUGGUGAUCCUGGGCACUGGGGAACUAAUGCAAUUUCCAAAAGGUUUUGCAAUGUAUGAGUGAGGUGUUCAAUAACUUCGAUGGUGUGACAAACGAGUAAAAUAAUCCCCGUGUUAAAAUGACAUCGAGGAGUAAGAAUGCUGUGCGAGGCUACGAAACUGAGAUCGAGAAGAGUCGUGAGGAGUCUAAUUGGAAGAAGGCAGUGGAAUUGGCUCAGCAGUUGAAGGCCAGGUCACCGCAGCAUGAAAGCCUCGCCCACUUCCUCAUCGGGGAGGGUAAGCUUGAAGCCCACCUGGAAGAAUGGCCGCCCAGCAAGGAGAACAUCGAGAGGGCACAGCGAGAGCUCUCCGAAGCCCGCGGCUACCUCACACUGGCCACAGACGAGGCGGGCAAGAGGGCUGGAGUGGCACUGGAUGCUCAUCUACUGCUCGGAAAGCUGAACUAUGCGUGUGGAGCAUAUGACGAUGCACUCAAAAAUUAUAAACUGGCGGAGCUGAAUACUUUGACAGAGAAAGAGUUACCUGUUCGCAGUCUCCGCAUCGUGGCGGAGUCGUACGCCAUCAAGGGUCUGUGCCUGGAGCUGAACACCGUGCCCGGCUCCACCAGCCGGUACAAGCAGGCCGAGAGGGAAAAUGAAAUGAUCCGCAGUUUCGAGCUGUCCUCAGACCUGACCCUGCUGUACCUACAACGCACGGGCGCCAACGCCCACGCGGGCCCCACGCUCGAGACAGCCCUACAGAGAGUGCCCAUACUGCACAUACGAGCUGGCAGGCUGCAGAAUGCUAUCGAUAGGUAUCGUGAGAUGCUGAACGCGGUGGAGUCGACGUCGACGCAGGCGCUGCGCCUCACGCUCACGCGGCAGCUCGCCGAGGUGCUCAUGCGAGGCGUUACUGGACAGGUGUACAAAGCGCCAGAGAAGUUAGCGGUGGUGCCUGCGACGGGCACGUUGUCGCGGCGGAGAGACGAUCAUGUCGCUGAUGGUCCUUGGAAACCUAAGCGAUAUGCUGCUAUUAAUCAGUUCGUCCCGCGUAACGAGUACGAGGAGGUGGUGCUGCUGCUGCUGGUGGGCGAGGCCAUGGCGGUGCGGGACGCUGUGCUGUCGCAGAGCGCGGAGUUCGAGGCCGCCCGGGCACAUGCCCUGCGCAACGCCAUCGCCGUCACCGACCUGCUGGCCCUCGCCGCCACCCGCUGGGGGCAGCUGUGUCUCGUGCUGGAGUCCCUAGAACGCGCGAUGAAGUUCUCAUUCAACUGCGCGCACAUCUGGCGGCAGCGCGCGCUCGCCACCGCCGCCGCCGCGCCCGCGCGCGCCGCGCCGCCCGCCGCGCCGCCGCACGUGGCGCCCGGCGCGCCCGCCUGGAGCGCGGGGGUGCGCGCCGCCGGGGUGGCGCGCCGCGCCGCCGCGCUGCUGCCGCACGACACGCCGCUCAGGCUCGUCGCUGCUAGCACGUGCUAUAGGAUGGGAUGGAUAGAGGAAGGCAUAGAGAUGUCGGAGGAGGCGCUGGCGAUAGAGGACGCGCGCGGCGGCCGCAUGCUGGCGCGCUGCUGCCUCUACGCCGGACAGGGCUACCAGAUGAAGGCACAGAAAACAAACGCGCGCAUAGACAAGGAGGCGGCCAACGACACGUCGCUGAAGCUGCUGCUGCGGGCGGUGUCGCUGGACGACAACGACCACCUCGCCUUCUACUACCUCGCGCUGCAGUACAUGCACCUCGGCAUGCUCAACGAGGCCAUGGACGCGACGCGGUCGUGCCUGGCGGCGCGCGCGGAGUGCGGCGGCGGGCUGCGCCUGGCCGUGGCGCUGUGGUCGUGCGCCUGCGCCGGCUCGCGCGGGGCCAGAGCGCUGGCGGCGGCGCGGCUGGCGCGCGACCACUACCCGCACGCUGACUGGCCGCUGGCGGCGCUAGCGCAGCUACAGUUGACGUGGGAGACGCCUGAGGAAGCAUUAGCGACGGGCAAGGAACUGUUAUCACUAGUGAACAGUUCCGAGUCGGAACUGGAGCCGGAACACAACGGCUACGCGGAACUAGACGCCAUGUCCGACUCCGUGCACGACGACACGCAGAGCAAUCGAGAUGCUGCAUCGAUACGCGCGGAGUCGGCAGGCGUGUACCGCAUCGAGAGAGCAUUGUCUGAAGGCGCCUCGUCACUAUCGACCGCGCGGCCGCGGGUGCCGGGGGCUGACAGCCGCGCACAAGCCUGGCUGUUGUUGGCGCAGCUGUGUCUCAGGUUAGGGCGGGUGAGCGCGGCGGCGGGCUGCGUGUCGGAGGCGGCCACGCUCACGCCCUUCAGCCAUCUUGUAUUAUAUACGCGAGGUUUAGUUCACGCGGCGAGUUCCGAGUGGGAUGAGGCGCGGCAAUGUUUUCAGAACGCGUUAGCGAUACAUCCCACACAUUUGGACAGUAUGGUACAAUUAGGCGCGGCGUACUACAACCUGGGGUGGCUGGGGCUGGCGGAGAAGGCGCUGCGCGAGGCGGCGGCGCUGGAGCCGGGCCGCGCCGACACGUGGCGGCGCCUGGCGCUGGUGCUGUGCGCCGCCGCCGAGCCGCUCGCCGCCGCCGACGCCGCCGCCGCCGCGCUCGCGCUGCACCCGCACGAGCCCAAGCUCUGAUACACGCCCACGCUCGUCUCCUGCUGAUGUGUCCUACUGCAAGUCUACAACCCUAUCUAUCAUGUACUACUACUCGUACCUAUAUUGAAUUUCCUACUUCCUAUUUCAAACACUUGCGCGAAUAUUAAACAUUUAAAUAAAACUACUUUUACGGAUUUUAUCGCGGUUAUAUUAAAAUUAUUUAAAGCUGACGUUUCGGAUCCUUUACGUCAUCCAUGGUCACAGGUCGGGUUUAAAUAAUAUUAAUAUAACCGCGAUAAAAUCCGUAAAAGUAAUUUUAUGAUAAUUCCUGUAACAAAUCAGAGAAAACAGAAUUUUAAACUUGAUGACACCCUUUUUCCAGCCUGUCUUUAAAACUGAUAACCUUUCUUCAGGCCUGGUCGUGGUAACCAAACCCACGUCUAGUUAAUCUGCUUAUCCCAGACAGCCACUAUUUAAACUUGGAACAUACCUAUACCUCCCUAUAACUACGUAUUCAAAAAUUAUGUCAAAUGUAUCCUCACAUUCAUACUAAGAUAUACCUUCUGAAUUUUUAAAGAAAAACAAAACAUUCAUACAGUCAAAUGUAUUAUAUCACUUAUUAUUAUCAAAAUAGAGAAAUCCUUAUCAAUGCAAAUAAUGAACUUCUACAUACAGCAUUGUUAACAGCCAUUACAUACAGCAUUUUACGGUGAACCCUUUAAAACUACAUUUACCAAAUAAGUAUAAUGUGCACUUCCUGAAACCUGUCAAUAUAAUAAUGCAAAUAAGAAACAAAUUAAAUAUUUUUCUUCUACUACAUAUUUAAAAAUGUCUAAUACAACCAAAUAGAAAUAAUGAAAUACGCCUAGACGAACGAGUUUAGCUACCUGGUCUAGCUAAACUUCUAUUUCGUUGUCCUAGGAACAUUUCAAAACAUAGAUCAAUUAAACAAAAAUAGUAUAAUCAAGUAUAAAUAAAACUGCCGUUUAGUACUUAUAAUGUCUAAAUAAUGAUAGUGAGAUAAAUGUACGCAUACGAUCUGUAAUUCCUAACUCGAUAAAGUAGGGUAAAAUGUUUUGUGUUGCAACAACGAAUCGACAUCUAUCGAAAUAUACACGUUAACUAAAGAAUACAACGUGUAUACCAAGUUAGCGCAUAAUAUGCACAUUUAGCGCAAAGAUAGCGCAGGUUUGCGCAAAGUUUGCGCAACGAUACUGAGGAAAGUGAUCUGUUCUAAUAUCCGCAAUAUCUAACGAGUUUAAUAUUUAAACAAAUUGAAACUCAUUGCCGCCUCGAGUAAAAUAAUACAAAACUUAAAAAAAAAUUACUGUGACGGACGAUCAAACUCCGGUAUAAAAAACAAGAUUAGGACGCUCGAAGUAACUCGGACAAUGUAGAGAUAAACAAUAAAUAAAUACGAAAUAUUUAGGCGUAAUGUAGUGCAAACUUUUUAGAAGCAUUUAGCCUGUACCUGUACUCGCGUCGGUUCUACUAGCGUAUCUUACGAACUUACGACUGACUACUGUAUUUACUCGCCUCGGAAUUGAUGUACGCAAGUGCUUCAUUGCUCAUGGUGACUUCAUAUUUUCAUACAUCUUAAUAUCGGUAAUAUUAUAACCACAAUUUCUAGACAGAUGUGCCUCAAAACCACUUGCAAGUCAAUGUAAAUCAUUCUAAACUAAGAUACUAUAUUCAAUACUAAAUAAUCAUUCUAUAGAUAUUGUAAUCGUAAUAGGUCACCGUGAACAAUGACGUCACAUAUAGUUUCUUUCCUUCAAUAAAGAUAACGAAAACUGGCGAGGGGAAACUUUGUAUGUAGGAAUCGUCAUUCACUCGCCAUUAUUCAAAAAAAGGUAACGUGAGCGACUAAAGUGGAAAAUAUAAAUAACUUCUACGCAUUAUUUAUUUUGGUGUUGAACAACCUUUGUCGCUGACUAUACUAUCGCUGAAUAUAAAAACAUAUAAUUUCGUUUUCUAUUGGAUACUGUAUAUACCACAAAACUAUUCAACAUUGUCGUCAUAAGUUCCUGUUCACUGUGAAACAAAGCUAUAUAAAACUAUAUGAAAACGAAAAGAGAAGCAAUAUAUAAAAUUAUUAGUUAAAAUAAACAUACAGAUACGCAGAUGUUAUUGUACAUAAUGUAGUUCUCUAUUAAUUUCCCGAUUUCAAGUGAUUGGUUGUAGAGUAUCGUGAACUUCGCCAGCACUACAGCGAGUAAUAUCUAAACUAAGACAAUAGCUCGUUACUCUCUAGUUCGGUGUCUGUUAUUGUAAAUCAUUAAAUAUUAUUAUAAUAUAAUACGUUUAUAUCGUUCGUGUACUUGUGCUACUUUGAAUUUAAUUGUUGAAACAUGUUUUCUUGGAGCAUGUAAACUCAUGCUGAACGUGUCACCAAUAUAAAGUUUAUCUUUAUUUUCUUUCUAAACCCGAACUCAACGGCUCGACAAAUCGUGUUAGCGUUUUAAUUAUUAGCUUCCUAUAUCGAUGAAAUUCCAUCACUAGUGUCGAUGUACUGUUUAAAUGCUCCAAGUAUUUUCAAGUCCCGUCCAGUGGUUUCAAACAUUUUGAUUGUGACUUGCGUGUAUGAUAUAAUUGUAUAUAGUAUUGCGGGAAUAUCCUCUACUUGUUUUUCCAUAGCUGUAUAAUAAUUACUUUAUUACAAAUAUCGUGUAAUUUUCUUAACUAAAGUGAUGUUAAUACUUUUAAACGUUAUUAUUAUUAUAACUAUUGUAUAAUUAUGGUUUAGGCAAUUUAAUUAUUUAUUGUAAAUUAAGACCAAUUAAGGAAAUAUUUGUGUAAUUUUAAUAUCCUUGUGUUUGUAACAAACUUACAGAGGCGUCAUCAGUAAGUGUGGCAAAAUGUUAAAUAUGAUUAAAUCCCUUCAACUUGACUCUUGCAGCGCGAUGUGCAAUGUUGUUAAACUAUUUGUCACCAAAUAUUCCAAAAUAUUCGCAAUUAUUUUAGCUACAUUGCACGGUACUGCAAAAAAAGCCCUGUAACAUUGUGUACGUUGCUUGUACUGAGGACGCGACUGUAAGGCUCACAUGCCGACCUCAUUAGCUAAGGAGAUCAUCGCCAUAUACAUAUGUAAGCUACCGGUGCGCAUAUCACAACUUAGGCCUUCGCCGACUACAUAAACGUCAGUUUUCUUAAAACAAAUCAUUAUUAUGAAUUUAAAGUGUGUAAAAUUUUCAGUGUUUAAGGAGAAUAGACGUUUAUGUUGUUGGUGAAUUAGGGCCUUAGUGCAUUGUAACAUUGUAUUGUUGCUAGUCUGUGUUGCAUGUUGUGUGAAGUACAGUUCGCGAAAAAUAUCUUUGGUUCUCUGAAGUUAGCUUAGUGGACUCCUAAAGAAUUGUUUUGUGAAUAUUUUUUUGACUAUUGUGAUGUAAACAGAAGUCAACUUCCAAGCAAAGCUUCUCGACAAUACCUGUGGAAACAAAUUCUCGAGAAGUCAAAUGGCUAACUUCAGGAUUGCAAAGUUAUUUGGCGCGAACAACAUUGAGUAAUCAUAACGUGUUUGAAGCAAUAGUUAGUAAGCUUGAAGAUACGUAUCAAUUUAAUUUACUGCGAUAUAACUAUAAAUGCGAUUGUGGUUAAGUACGUUAUAAAUUAUAAUAAUAUACGAUACACGUUUGUUGAUAAUGCCGACCUUCCGAUGCAAAGAAUUUUAAUGUCUGGAUAUCUUAAAGAAGUACCUAAUCAUAAAUAUUUAUUGGAGAUCGUAUUUUAAAUCUAGCUCGAGUUUUGCAAGUUACAUAAUAAUAACUUUGGCGAGUGUAUCAUUUUUAAUUUAUUAAUGAAUAAUUGAAGGUUCUAUAGGUUAAUUAGUUGGUGUUGUGCUAGUGGUGUGAGAGUGGUGACAGAGUGGUGGUGGCUGGUGGUAGCGUGGUGAGAGUGGUGGUAGGCUCGGUAGACUUCCAGGGGUGCACGUAUUAGAUUAUGUAGACAGGAAUCGGUGCGAAAAGUCCGUUGUAAAAUUGAGUUGACACUUUUUCUGUGUGUGUAAAAUAGUACAAGAAAUGAAUAAAAUUCACAUAAAACACCAUAUGGUGUGUAAAAACGCGUGUGCGUGUAAAAUGUGUAAUUAACAAUAUUUUGUCCGUAAACGGUUUCGGCUAAUCUAAAAGUUUUAAGUAUUAAUAACAAUUAAUGAACAAAGUAAACUUAACAAAGCAAACACAAAGUACUAGUUUAAGUAAUAAAACGGUCGUUUAUCCGAGGUAAUUAAAAACACAUAAUUUGUGGUUAGCUGCAGUUAAAUAGUAUACACGAGUCAUGACUCGGCCAACACUUUUCGCACCGAUUGUACAAAGUACGGUUCUAAUACGAGAGCCUCAUUAAAACAAAACGACAUUAUUUUUAGAUAAUUAUAUGACGACUCUCAUUAAUUGAUCAUGGUGUUUUUUCCUAUAAUAAAUACAUUUGUAUAUUUAGCAAUUUACUACAAAGUAUUGCCAAUAUGUUUGUCAUUUCUGUUCGCACUGACGUAGGUAAAAAUAGAUGUAAAAUUUCAUAUUUUACCUAAUAUAUUGACUAUUAGAAGUUAUCAUUUGCUUAUUUUGAUGUGGUCGUCUCACCAUGUGAUCGAAACCUGGCAAUAAUUUGUGUCGCAACUAAUCAAUAGCAAAUAUAAUGUAAUUAAAUAUUAAUGUUUCCGAAUAGUGGUUAGCCGGUGUUAGUGCCAAUGUCUGUCUUAUACUUAAUAAUGUGAAUGUCUAACGUGGUGUCUGUUCUCAAGAACUGCUGAGCACUGGGCUAUGUGGCAUGUCCUUGUAUCGAAGCCAGUUAUUGUAAUAAGGGUCACUUACAAGUGAAACUGUCUGCUCAUAUAAAUUAAUGGAGCUAUUUGACUACGCCGUAAGUCACAACUGGAAAAUUGCUUACUUGGAAUGCAAUAAUAUGUAUAUUAUUAUAUGUUCUAUUUUGCAUAAGUUUUGUGGCCACUCUUAAUCUAUGUCGUUUUCUAUAAUUUGUCUUGAAGAAAUGGCAUUAAAAGUAAUAAUGGCGUUAAUCAGUGCUUGUUCAUGAACAUAUCGACCACUUUACUUAGGAUCUAUUCGUUACGGUGCUUCGCAACACUUUGGUUGUGCUCACAGGUACAGUCUGCUACACAAGUGCUACAGUCUCGAGUAUUUGUUAAGUUGAAGUAGCAAAUGCACACGUGUGUGUGUUAAUUUAUUAAUCUUGCCACUCUGCUAUUUCGUUUUAUAUGGAGGCUUGAUGCGUGUGUGAAAUAUACUAAAUUUAUGUACUUGAAACUUGUGUAACCGAUUGUACUUGAAUGAAUCUAAUUUAAUGCAAUUUGUUGAAUCGUAGCACUCUGUUAUAAAGUAAGUAGACACUUGUACAUGUUCCGCGACGCAACGGCUCGGCACCUGUUUACAUACAAAUAUUACUGUUUGCAAAUUACAUUAUUGUAUGUAGUAAUUAUAAAUAAAUAAUUAAUUAUUAUGUAAUGUUCAUAUGUUUUGCUCGUUUGUAGGUUACAAGAGUUUACGUUUAGGGCCUGGCAGAGUUGCCUCGGCUCGAGUAGGCGACAGCUUCCAAACAAAGCCAUCUUUCAAGUGAUAGUUACGUGUCAGUGUCGUGUAUCUCUAUCCCUUUCUAGUGUUCAUUAAUCCUUAUACAAAGGAAAGAGACGAAACAUUUUGAAAUAUUGUGUGUUCGAUAGCUUUUACUGUCCGUGCGACGCGAACGACAGAUACGACACGCUGACGUCGUGUCUGUCGGCGCGAGCGGCGGCGUGUAGCUGUAAUCAUAUAAAUGUAUAAUAAUCCUGUAAUCUAAAGACCAAUGUAAUAUUUAUUGUCGGUCUUCAUAGUUGAAUAAAUACAUUAUUGUAUUGAACUUCACAAGUUUUCUAUCGUGAGUCUGUCAUUGUAUGUCGGUCUGUUCGUCGGCCUCGUCAAAUGUUACAUUUUGACUUUAUGCACAUAGUUGUUUGAAAUAUGUGUAGAUGUAGCAUUUUAAAUAAUUAAUAUAAAUUCACUAAAAUAUUUGAAACACGAGGCAGGUGAUUUUAUUAACACUAAGAUAAAUGACAAAUAAGAAAAUCUUUUAUUAGCAACUGGAUAUUUGACGAGUGCCGGCAGUAGACCGACCUGUGAGUAUACUGACAGUGAAGGUAUAACUGUGUAGAUGUAUAUAAUUUAUCUAUACAUAUAAUAUAUAAAUAUGAACAUAUAAUAUAUUUAUAAACCUGUUGUGCUCUUGUGUACUUUACUACGUUGUAGAUGUUGUUCUUGGCAUUCGAUGUUGACUGUAUAUAAAACGUUUAAGGAUAUUAAAAAAUAAUAAUUAUUAUGUUACAUAA